GCCGGGAUGGUCCCGCCCAGGCCGUGCGCGGCGGGAACAUGGCGGCGCCCAGGGCGGCGUGGGCUGUGCCGUGGGACCGGCGGGAUGUGCCGUGCAGCGGGCUGGACGCGCCGUGGAACCGGCUGGACGUGCCCUGGCCCACGAGCAGCGCCACGGUGGCGCUGGCGGCCGAACACCCCGCAGUGGGACGGCUGUCGGUGCUGCGGCGGCGGUGCGACACGGCCGGGAGGCGGCUGUCGGGGCCCGGCCUGGCCGCCGAGGGACGCGUCGUGCGCGCCCUGCUCUACGCGUUCCACAGCAGGCUGCUCCGGCACCGCCCCUACCUCGCCCUGCAGCAGGUAGAACAAUGUUUGAAGCGCCUAUGGAAAAUAAAUUUGGUGGGCUGCCUUGGAACUCUGGUAGAACUGAUUCCUAAGAAAGAUACAUCUGAAGCCCAUGCAGAGUGCUUGGUUCCCAGCCAGCCCAUGCUGGAAACAGUGGCUCUGAAGGUAUUGGGAGGCUGCAAGCUCAUACUGCGUCUAUUGGACUGUUGCAGUAAAACUUUUCUCUUGUCCAUUAAACAUCUCUGCUCGAAGGAAUUCAUACUUCUGAACACGGUGGCUUUGGGGCUGUUGAGCCGGCUAUGGAUUCAGUACAGGUGUGUAUUGCAGACCCUCAUGUCCUUGUAUGACGUCUUGUCAACAACACUUCAGCUGGUAUCUGAGACCCAACAGAUGCCUUAUAUCAAGGGGUUUACCUUCCCUUCUGAUAUCAGUAACUUCCUUGGAAUUAACCUAUCUUCUGAGGUGAAGAAGCAAAAGGCUAAAAUGCUUACAACAAAAAAAUCUACCAGCUGGUUGAAGAAGCUCUUCCCAACAAUGGCAGAGGCAGUAUCAGAGGUUGGAAAAAAGAGAAAUUUUGUAACCUGUACAAGUGGUGUGACAAACCAUAGCAUCCCGUGCCCCAUGGAUAUCGGAGAGACAGUUCUGGUGCCCAGAGCCAGCAGAGGGAAGUACCUGGGGAUUGAUGUGAAGAGCUUGCUUAAGCCAUCCAGACAUCCAGCACAAGAGGGUAUAAACAUGCCAUCAACACCUUUUAAAGCAAAGUUGGCACCACCUUCCUCUCGUGUAGCAAAGUCACAGCAUACUGAAUCUCUUGUACAGAUGGUCCAAACAGCUGCAUCAUUUGGGGAGCUGUCAGAGGCACUCAGAAAAGCUAUUCUGUGGUGCAAAAACAAUAAAUUCAAAUCAGAAGCUUAUUUUCUGCGUAACAAGUUGUUGAAAAGCAACCGGCUGCACCACGUGGAAGCUCAAGGAUGCAGCUUGAAGAAAAAACUGCGCUGUGUCAAAACAUCUGUCCGUAAAUACCUCCUGUAUGGGUCCCAACACACACGCUGGCCAAGGCGGUACCUCGGGGCAUGGCUCUGUCCAAGGAGGAUCAAAUCAUCUGCACGCUUGAAGAGAGCUCUGAAGACUGUUCAGCAAAAGCCUUCUGAACUUUCUGGGAUCUGUGAGACAAGUGCAUCACUCAUCCUCCCCGCCUACCAGGAUGGACCUCUGAGUCAAGAACAAUGUUCUGAUGCUGAUACAGCCCGUGUCAGACUAAGCACAGCAGGGACCCCCAAGCAGCUGCUGCUUGAAGGAAGCCCCGGCCCUGCAUGGAAAGAAUCUACUGAGAACACGGAUAUUGAUUCUAUUUUUGCAGCAAUAGGUGUCUGACCCUGGAUUGAAGGAAGUAAUUUCAAUUAUUUUAUUUUUUUUAAAGUAAAACCAUCUGAACUCUAAUUCUGUCUCAGUAACUCAAAUCGUGAAUUCUGCUAAGAAAGUAGCAACCAUUUUUUUGUUUUUGUAAAACAGCUUUUUUUAAUGGGUGUUUUUUCAUAUUUUAAGGGUGUUCCAAACAGCUGAAUAGUCUUCAUCCUUUUACCUGGCCUCAUCCAGGAGCAGCGACUUUGUUACCCUCACUCAGUGACUCUUCUCUAUUGCUCGACCACAUGUUAAGUGCUGCUGUCAAAUCCACAGUGCAGUUAGUUACCAUCCACAGCAGAAGGCUGCAGCUGAUCACUUACUGCUGCUUAGAACAAAAGACUUGUAGACACUUUUCCAAGUCAUACACCCUUCUUUCUGUGCUGCUUGUAGAGGGGACAGCCUUGACAUGCAGUAGUAUUGCUGUUUUAGCAUUUGUUGCUUUUGUCCUGAAAUGAGUUAGCUGAACCUACUGCUUUUCCAGAAAUAGGGGAAAGCACAGUCUGGCCUGCAACAGUAAACUCCUGACUGAUGAACAUG